AACAACCCAGAAAAAACCAUGUAACUAAUAAUUCCCUCCUCCAAAUUAAAGUCCAAAAUAAUGGCUACUACUCUUCAAGAAGCGUACAAAGAAAACCCUCUUGACCUUCAACACAUUCUCCCCAUAGAUUUUCAUUCAGUUCAAAAAGUUCCAGACUCUCAUCUAUGGCCUAAAAUCAAUAAUUUCCCAUCAAAUGUUGAUGAAAAAACCCCUAAUGUUCCAAUAAUUGAUCUUUUGGCCCCCAAUGUUGUGGAACUUAUAGGCCAUGCAUGCAAAACAUGGGGAGUAUUUCAAGUUGUUAACCAUGGAUUUAGUUCAAAACUUCUUGAUGAAGUUGAAUCUCAGGCAAGGCGACUAUUCGCCUUGCCAGCAGAACAGAAGGUGAGGGUCUUAAGAUCGGCUGGCGGCGCCACCGGCUAUGGGGCCGCUCGGAUUACGCCGUUUUUCUCCAAGUUUAUGUGGCAUGAAGGGUUCACCAUUAUGGGAUCUCCACUUGAUCAUGCUAGGGAACUUUGGCCCCAUGACUAUCAAUAUUUUUGCAGUGAUGUGAUGGAAAAUUAUCAAAAGGAGAUGAAGGCUUUAGCAUACCAACUCUGGCUGCUUAUCCUAAAAUACUUGGAAGCAUCCCAAGAAGAUUUAAAUUCUGAAUUAAUAGGAGCCUUACAAUUAAAUUCAUAUCCAUGCUGCCCUAACCCUAACCAUGCAAUAGGGUUAGCUCCUCAUACAGAUUCAUUAUUCCUCACAAUCCUCCAUCAAACUAGUAACACAAAGGGUCUUCAAUUCUUGAAACAAGGCCAUGGAUGGACCUCAAUUUCUCCAGUUUCCGAUAAUGCCCUCAUCAUUAACGUCGGUGAUCUUCUGCAUAUACUCUCUAAUGGUGAAUUCCCAACAGUUUAUCAUCGUGUUCUUGUGAAUCAGACUAAGCAUAGGGUUUCUUUGGCAUAUUUUUAUGGGCCUCCAGCUGAUUCUCUAGUUGUUCCAUUGAUUUCUUCUAAGGAUAAUAUUGGUGUUGUUGUUCCAAGAUAUAGAUCGUUGACAGUGAAAGAGUAUAUUAGCCUCAAGGCUAAGCAUCUUGAGAAGGCCUUCUCUUUGAUUAGGUUUUGAUCAAGAAAAAUAUGUCUUGAUGUAGUUACAUAUCCUGGAAACUUGUUUGUAAUUUAUAAUUUAAGUGUACUAAAAUCAAAUCCAGCGGGGAUCUUUACUCAA